AUGUGUAUAAGAGUCAGGGCUAGUAAAGAAAUCAAUAAAGGAUUUACCUCGAAACAAAUUCGUCAGCGUUGGAUUAGUAAACUCGAUCCACUUCUUUGUCACGAGAAACUUUGUGAGGAUGAAGAAUUAUACAUUAUCGAAUGGGUUGAAAAAUAUAAAAAUAAACAUCCAUCUAAUGUUAUUACUAACUGGAAACAAUUAGUUUUAGAUUUGAACAAUAAAUUUGGUAAAAUGAGAUCAGAAAAUAAAGUGAAAAAUCAUUAUUUCUUAAAAGAAGGUCGAGAAAAACUACAGGGACAACUACCUUCGAAAGAUGAUGCAUCAUCUUUCCCUCAAGAUAGUAAUUCUCCAAAAAGCGUACCAUCUUUCCUUCGAGAUAACAAUGUCCCAAAAAUCGGGUCAUUUUAUCCUCAAGAUGAUAAUGCCUCAAAAAGCGCACCAUUUUAUCCUCAAGAUAAUAACGUUCUAAAAAGCGUAUCAUCUAUUAAUAACAUUCAAGAAAGAAAAGUUUCUGAAAAGAUGAAAAUCAGAAGUUUGUUAAUUUAGUAAAAUACACUCCAAUUAGUAUAAAAACAAUCACAUGUUAUAUUAUCAUAUUAUAUUAAACUUAUAUAU